AUGAUGACAGCAGAGACGAUGGUCAUCACCGUGCCCAAGCUGCACGAUGCAGGUUGUGUUGCAUUGAGCAUUGUGGAAGAAACAUGUCCGACAUGCAUGGCGGAACUGGUGAACUUGGCAUCUGUGUUGACCGCUGUCCAUGAAUCGUGGGCCAAGUUCUUAUGGUCCUGCGACAUCAUCCAGGUAUUGGCUAGCUGUCGAACUGUCGUGUUUGCAGUUGAAGGACUGAAAGGCCGCUCCAUUCAGGAUCCGUGCGACUUUCGUUGGCGAUUUCCGAAUGUGUCCGGUCGCGCUCUGUGCAAGGAUGGAGGCUUGAAGAAGCUGGACUUGGAGGCGGUCCAAUGCGUCGAAGUGCCGACAACAUUACAUGAAGUUGAUCUACGUUGGUUGCCCCGACACGCUUCCAUCUGGUGGCAUGCCCCGACAGACAUAGACGUGUCGGAGGAUAUCCCUGAGGACGAGUUGCCCGAAGGAAAGCUGUUGGGGCUUCGGCUGGGUGUCUGUCAGCAGCCGAGCAGCUUGAGGCUCAACCACUUUGCAAUGGACUGUAGGACCAUGCCAAAUGUUUUCCAAAACUUGUCUGACGACACCUAUGGGCCGCAGUUCCUGCACAAUGCAGUGAUCAUCAGUGAGUCGUCCAGUGCUGCACAACGAGCGGCCUCUGUCCUAUUCUCCUGUCGGGGCGAUCGUUCAAUAGGAGUGGCAGCCGCAGUGUUUUGCGAGCAAAGAAGCCCGCCUGCACAGGAAGAGGCACAAGGCGACAUUACUGAGGUGCAGGAGCUAGAGGAUUUGGACCCUGACGACUUUGAUAUUGUGAUAAUUCUGACCGAUGCAGCCAGUUCACCCGGCGAACUUGAUCAUGCUGAGGCGCUGAAAGCGUGGACAACGAACUGCAUGUUUAGGCAAUGGGCAGCAGACGCAUCGAAGCGGGAGGAGGAGGCCAAGGAGCUUAUGGCGAAGCUCGACGAUGUCGCCAUGAGAAGUGCGUGUGGUGCAGGUGUGCAUUUAGCUGGAGGUCCACAGUGGGGAAGUGCAGACUUUGGAGAUCUAACCGCUGCAGUAGGAGGCCAAGCAAGCAACGGAGUGUGGUUGCAAGUUACUUUGUUGGAGGUGCCAGCUGCCUUCCGCCUUUGCCGAUCGCCGGAUCCAUGCGAGGUGACCUGGCGCAUCGAGAAUUGGUCCGGCAAGCAGGAAUUCGGCCCGGCGGCGUAUGUGUCCGAGCAACUGGCUUUGGAGGGAUGCCCCUCCAUGAAGCUGCUCGUGGGUUUCUGCCCAUCUCCCGAUUCUGAGGACUUGGUGGAGCCACGACCGCCUCCGUGGAGGCCGCUUGCGCUGCAGCCGCUGGCCUUGUUUGUUGGGGCAGCCCCCGGCUCGUCUUGCAGAUUCUCCCUCCAGGCAGGGACCAGGCGAUGUGUUUUCUACCACACGUUCAGCUUCUUGGAGGCCUUUGCUGGACGCCGCAUCUUCUUGAGUGCAGCACAGGAUGCUGCAGUGGAGGGCGAUGCCCUCGAGGUGAUCCUGAAAUUCCUUGGGGACAGCUCGGCUGGCCAGGAGGAGGAAGCGCGAGCCUCGCGUGAAAUCGACAGCGCCACGUGUGGCUAG